CGGUGCAAAACGGUCGCGGUAGUGGAUCGACGAAAACGCAUAGAUUUUCGCUUUCAGGAAAAGGUAGCGUUCAUGUGAUGUGGUCACGUGAUAUUUGUAGUUCGUGCGCUGUGUCAGAGCGCACCUAAAUAACUUGUCAUUUUUAUACUAUCAGAAGCUGUAACGUAUUGUGAGCGAUGAGUAAGGGUUAUUAUUUAGAGUUAAGCGAAAACCCUGUCCAGUUUGAAAAUGCAUCGAGUGUCAACAACGUAUUUUUCGACGAGGCUAAUAAACAGGUUUUUGCUGUGCGAUCUGGUGGUGCCACUGGGGUUGUGGUCAAGGGCCCAGAAGACAAGAACUCAAUUGCUUUCAGAAUGGAUGACAAAGGUGAGGUAAAGUGCAUAAAGUUUUCAUUGGGGAACAAAAUUUUAGCUGUUCAGCGAACACCAAAAACAGUGGAUUUCAUUAACUUCAUUCCUGAUUUUCCCCAUUUGGAAUUCUCCCAUGAAUGCAAGACCAAGAAUUCAAGUGUUCUGGGAUUUUGUUGGACCAGCUGGAAUGAAAUUGUUUUCAUCACUGACCAGGGGAUAGAAUUUUACCAGGUGCUGCCUGAAAAGCGAACACUGAAGAUAUUGAAGAGCCAGAGCAUUAAUGUGAACUGGUAUAUAUACUGCCCAGAGACUGCAGUUCUUGUGCUGUCCACGACUGUACAAGGCAAUAUUCUGCAGCCGUUUGCUUUCAAAAAUGGGACAAUGUCAAAAAUGCCAAAGUUUGAGAUUGAGUUGCCAGUGGCUCCCAAACCAGCCAAACUUUCAGAACGUGAUAUUGCAGUCGCCACCAUUUAUGGAGAGCUCUAUGUAAUGUAUCUUAAACAUCACACAAGAACUACCAACAGCUCAGGAGCAGAAGUAGUUUUAUAUCACUUACUUAGAGAAGGAUCCUGUAAAAAGGCACAUGUGCUGAAACUGAACACCUCAGGCAAGUUUGCUCUGAAUGUUGUGGAUAAUCUUGUGGUAGUGCACCAUCAGAGCUCACGGACCUCUCUUAUCUUUGAUAUCAAGCUGAAAGAGCCAGACUGUGCUGUGAAUAUUCACCAACCCAUACUUCCUGCACAGUCCAUUCGCCCAUACAAGAUCUCUGUCACAGGGCCAGUGGCUGCUUCCAGUCAGGCUUCAGUGCCAUGUGAGCUUUACUCAUCAACAUGGAGUGUCUUUCAACCAGAUAUCAUAAUCAGUGCAAGUGAGGGUUAUCUUUGGUACCUUCACGUGAAGCUCCAUUCAACAGUGAACCUCCUUCAAGACAAAGGAAAACUGAUGGACUUUCUGCUGCACAGAAGCGACUGCAAAAUGGUCAUCCUGUCUGUAUGCUCACAGAUGCUUGUAGGUGGAGAGAAAGGAAACUUGCCUGUAGUGGCCACUGUGUUUGAUAAGCUAAACCAAGUGUAUAAGGAAUACCUGGAGGCAGAGCAGGCAUACACUUUGGCUAUGGAAUCAGGACCUAGUCGCUUCAGUAACUCCUAUAAAAGACCAGUUCGAACACAAGCAGUCAUUGAUCAGUCAGACAUGUACACGCAUGUCUUCUCUGCAUUUACUGAGAAUAAGGAUGUAUCACAUAAGUUCAUCAUUGCUGUCCUCAUGGAAUACAUUCGCUCGCUCAACCAGUUCCAAAUCACAGUUCAGCACUACUUUUAUGAGUUGGUUAUCAAAACUCUGGUCCAGCAUAAUCUCUUCUACAUGCUUCACCAGUUCCUCCAGUAUCACGUGCUGAGUGACUCCAAACCACUGGCCUGCCUGCUGCUGUCACUGGAGAGUACAUACCCUCCUGCUCACCAGCUCUCUCUAGAUAUGCUUAAGAGGCUCUCCACAGCUAAUGAUGAAAUUGUGGAGGUACUCCUGUCAAAACAGCAAGUACUCGGAGCUCUCCGUUUUGUCCGCAGUGUUGGUGGCCAUGACAAUGUCUCAGCACGCAAAUUUUUGGAUGCUGCACGACAGACAAAUGAUACAAUGCUUUUCUAUACAAUAUUCCGAUUCUUUGAGCAAAGAAACCUUAGGUUACGUGGCAAUCCUGCUUUUAACCCAGGAGAACACUGUGAGGAGCAUGUCACUUACUUCAAAGAAGUGUUUGGAGAGCAAACACUGAUGAAACUUCCAGUUGUCUGAAGUAAAGGAUGUAGAUUUGGUUUUGACAAACUGCACAAUUUCUAUGCUGUUUUUAAGCAUGAUGUAAACGCUAUAAAAUGCUUUUUGAUUGAUGCACUGAAAGUAAUAGUAAGCACAACCAUGACAUGGUUAAACAUGCAAUUACUGCAUUUUGACCAAGAUUUAGUAGGGUAUUUCAUGUGAAUGGGACUCCUCAAACCAGCCAGAAAACAAGUGGUUAAAAUGCUCAAAGCACCCCAAAUAUGUAUUGGACAAAUAAUAGAUUGUGAAGCUAUAAUUUGUAAUGUGAUCAUCUUUAGUUGGAAAGCAGGCAAAAUGUUUAGAUCAUGAGAAAAUAUUUUACUUGAAUGUUCAUUAUUUUGGCAUGAUUAAUAUUUUAAAAAUGCUGAAUGAAGUGGUUUAUAUAUUUUGAGAGGUGAAUUGGACAUGUAAAUAAAAGAAUGUAACAUUUCUCACAGUGCACAA